UCGACUGUGGUCCUCGACGCUCAGUGCGCGAUGUUGGUUUAAUAAGAAUAUUUUAAUCGUUAUUUUCGUAAUUUGUGUAAAUAAAAGUAUAAAUAUUUUUUCUUUCCAAAAAAAUUUAUAUUUAUAGUAACAAUAUUUUUUUUUGUAAUAAUUAAACAGAAAAUGAGGUACACUUCAAAAGCGUCAAUUUAUUUUUGAAAAUUUUAUUUAACAGUAAACCAUUUCGGAUUUUUUGCAACCACGCGAGACUAAUAUAUCUCGCUUGUUGGUUAAACGCAACCGCACCGCUAAAAACUUCAGCAUCUUAACACGAGGUGUCCAUGAAAAUGGAACGAUCUGAUUUACUAUAGUGUGACAGCAUCGUUGACCAAGGCCCGGCCGACGCUCGACAGUCAACUAAAUACCGCGAGUGAGCAGCGCACGCGCCGCCCCUCCAACGAGACGCGAGAAAAUAUCGAAAUAAGUGAUCAAAUUAUCGACAUGACAAAAGUGGACUUGAACAAAUGCGGGAGCGUGGUGUCUAUGGGCCAAGAUGGAAGCAAUGGCCUGGACGGCUACGGCAUGUUCCAGUCGCGAGAACAGAUCCUGCCCAUGGAGAAGAGAGGUCACAGUCUUGAGAACGGCAAGGAAGCGGCCGCGGCUUCAGAGUAUCAAGUCACACAUCCCACUUCAUAUAUGGAGACACUGCUGCACGUCUUCAGAGGCAACAUCGGUAGCGGGCUGCUGGCCAUGGGAGACGCCUUCAAGAACGGUGGGCUCGUAUUCGCGACCAUCAUGACGGCUUGCCUCGGCAUCAUAUGCGUCCAUGCUCAACACCUUUUACUGGAUUGUUCAGACGAGAUGUACAGACAGACGAAGCGCGACAAGCCUCCGAACUUCCCAGACACAGUGUACCUGGUGUUCCUCCAUGGUCCUCCUCGGCUGCGGCGCCUGGCCACCACCAUGAGGAUACUGGUCAACAUGUUCCUUUGCAUCACGCAGCUUGGCUUCUGCUGUGUGUACAUCGUCUUCAUCGCAAAUAACGUAAAAAUGAUUUGCGACCACUACGGCUUCAAGUUAGACCUGUCGAUCCACAUCAUAAUUGUGAUGGUGCCGCUUCUGCUGUCGUGCAUGGUUCGCAACCUUAAGUACCUGACGCCGUUCUCCACGAUCGCCAACGUCCUCAUGCUGCUGGGAGUGAGCACAGUCAUCUACGCAGCCGCCCAGGACCUGCCCGCAGUCCACACCAGGGAUUACAUCGCUUCAUGGCAACAGAUACCUUUGUACUUCGGCACAGCUAUCUAUGCGUUUGAAGGGAUCGGACUGGUUUUACCUUUAAAGAAUGAGAUGCGAAGACCGGAGACGUUUCAAAAGCCUCUGGGGGUAUUAAACGUGGGGAUGGUGGUAGUGGGUUGCAUCUUCAUCGUCGUGGGCUUCCUCGGGUACCUCAAGUGGGGGGACGCUGUGGAGGGGAGCCUUACUCUCAACCUGAAGCCCGGGGAAAUUCUAAGCAACGUAGUCCAGGGGCUGAUAGCGUUUGCGAUCCUGUUCACUUAUCCCCUUCAGUUCUACGUGCCCAUUGACAUCACCUGGCCGUACCUGCAGACGAAGCUGGGCGACAAGUCACCAGUGGCAAAGGAACUGGGCUAUCGAGCUCUUCUCGUCGCUAUUACGUUCAUCUUGGCGGAGUCAAUUCCACAAUUGGGAUUAUUUAUCUCCCUGGUGGGAGCGGUGAGCAGCACAGCCCUGGCCCUCAUGUUCCCGCCAAUAAUCCAGAUGGUUAUGACGUCACAAAACCGCGGGCGAGUCCCCUGGACUAUGAUUGUGAAAGACGCCAUCAUCAUACUGUUAGGUAUCUUCGUUUUCUUCACAGGGACUUAUGAGAGCAUAGCCUCAAUCAUCAGGGUGUUUAGGGAAUAAAUUAUUUAAUUAUACAUUUGUUUAGAUAUGUAUGUAUAACCUACAAUGUUGACAUGUAAAAUUAUUUACAUAAAUUAAAUAUUACAUGAUUUCUAUAAAGUAUGCAUUUCGUAAAAAUGACAUUUAAAGAGUUUACUUUUAAAAAAUAUUAAUCGGGAUACAGAUAUGCGAAGUCAUACGCUGAAUAGGCUAGCCCGUCGUUAUACUAGUAAGUUAAAAUGUAUGAGCAUAUUUUGUAAACACUCUUUGUAAGUAAUGUCAUCAUUCAAUAUACAUGUUUACUAGUGUUAAUGCGGCCUAAGAUUUACAGAACCUUAAAAGUUGCAUUCACUCAUGUUCAUGCCAUAUUACAGUAUCGAAAUGAAAAUUAACUAUUUUUAUUAAUUUUUGUGUUAAAUUAAAUUACCCAUUUUAACAUAAAAUGAGGUUUAUUUCCAGCAGGGGUCAGCCAUCAGAUGUGAAUGAUGAAAUAUCUUAGUAUUGAAACAGUUUUCAUUUAGUUAAGACGUAUUUUUCCUUACAGUCUUCUGAUGCUUGAUGUUAUAACUGCAAUAGUAAAUACACGGAUUACACAUAAAUUUUAACAUUCAAUAUAAUAAUGUAUUUGAUUAAAAUUGUGAUAAGAAUUAAUUUAAGUUUAUAACAUAGUAUUUCGAAUAAUACUUACUUCUGUGAUUUAAUCUUACUUUUGUGAGUUUAACUAUGUGUAUCGGACAUAAUUAAUAGUAUUAUUAUUUAUAUAAUAAAUAGUUAAAUGUGUUUACCAUAAACUGAGAAGAAUAUAAUUUUCAUAACAUUUUUUUCUGUUUUAUGUGUACGUAUUUGUACCGAUCUCUCCAAGUACGAGUACAUACAUAAAAUCUGACAUCAGUGUUAGUACGCUCUCACUAAUAGGAGCUGUGCAUGGAGAAAAUAUUUUAUACUUUAUACAAAGUCUGUAUGUGGCUCAAAGGCGAUUAAAAUGGUUGUUUUGAUCAUCUCAUUACCCCUUUCACGUUUCUAUCUAUGCCUGGCUUUGGAAAGGAAGCUCUUAUUAUAUCUAUUAUAUUUAUAUAUUUAUAUUAUAUAUAAUGGCAUUGUCAAAUAUAUUUGUCUAGAAAUGCAGUAACUAAUUAUUUAUUGUCCGAUAAAUAAUUUUAUAUCAUACGAAGCUCAAGCAAGAUGCAAUACAAUAUAUAUAUAAGUAGUAUAGGUAUGUCAGUUAUACACUAUCUUUGAACUCAGAUGGCGACUCGAAUUAAUGAAGAUUGCGUAGUUCGUAUGAAAGCCUUUGUUUACCGUAAUGUAAAACCAGCAAUGUAUGCCGAACCGCCAUAGUUUGAGGACUGUUCAGCUACUAUACAUAUAAUCUAUGGUUCAGCGAUAGUGUGAAGCCGACACAGCUCAUGUAAGAUGGCCUAGGCCUGAUAGCCUGUGAUUAGGUAUCUAUUUAAUAUGUAAGUACCUGUCCUGUCUGAUAGUGUUUUCGGAUGCUUGUGACGUUUCUAAUAAAACUAACAUGACAUUUCAAUGUCACUUUAAUUGA